GAGCACCCUGAGGGAUGCCCAAGAAAUUCCAGGGGGAGAACACCAAGUCGGCAGCCGCCCGGGCAAGGAAGGCUGAGGCCAAGGCAGCGGCCGAUGCUAAGCGGCAGAAGGAGCUGGAGGAUGCCCUCUGGAAGGAUGAAGACAAGCACGUGAUGAGGAAAGAGCAGCGGAAAGAGGAGCGCGAGAAGCGCCGCCUGGAGCAGCUCGAGCGGAAGAAAGAGCUCCAGCGCCUGCUAGAAGAGGAGGACGCCAUGAUGAAGGGGAAGCAGCCCAAGCAGCUAGUCCCCAGCAAGGUCACCCGAGCCCAGAUCGACGAGUCGCUCCGGAAAGACCAAAAGGAGAACGGGGAUGCCGUGGAUAAACAGAAGAGCCACCUCGAGGUGCCCUUGGAGGAGAACAUCAACAGGAGGGAGCUGGAGGAAGGAGCUGUGGAGGCCCGGACCAUUGAAGAUGCGAUCGCCGUGCUCAGUGUUGCCGACGACCUGGACCGCCACCCGGAGCGCCGGAUGAAAGCCGCCUUCGCCUCUUUCGAGGAGGUGAACCUUCCCCGCCUGAAGCAGGAGAACCCCAACAUGCGCCUCUCCCAGCUCAAGCAGCUGCUCAAGAAGGAGUGGAUGAAGUCUCCCGAAAACCCCAUGAACCAGAGGCACACCGCCUACAACAGCCAGAAAUGAGACUCGGAAGGGAGG